AAUUUUUUUCUUUAUUUUUUUCUUUAGAAAAGUUAUCACUAUUUCUUGGUGUAUCAAAAAGCUGAAGUGUAACUCUGACUCCAAUGAUUUCCUCAACUUCAGAGCAGUCUAAUUCUGAUGCUUCCGACUGUUCUUCAUUAGAUUCAGAAAGCGAUUUAACAGAAGGCCAAGAUCUUCUCUCCUUUUCUGCAAAAAUCACAGAAGAAUUGAAGAUGCAUAUGAGAAGGAAUGCUGGCAAAGAGGAUUACUGUGAGGAUAUUUACGAGGACAAGUAUUCUAGUCCUGAAUCUGGCAGAUUUUCUUAUUACUCCGAUCUACUUGCCGAAGCUCAACCAAGUAAGAUGACAGGUUUUCCGGAUUCUGCCCCCACAUUAGCGGUUAAUGAAAAGAUGAGUUCAACCAAAUCUCAAAUUCCGCAGUUUUCAUGCCCGUGGACUUGCUCCGGCGUCAGGAAUCCUUCCGUGGGAAUCGGUCCUCUCAAAGAGUUAUUUCGUGUGUUGGAUCCUACUCCUGUCUUCUCUUUUUCUACUGCUUCCUCCCAUACAGCUACAGAUUUUAUUAUGAACUGGACACCUGCACCUGGCACGUCACCUGAUUUUUGUAGCGACGAACCAAACAGUGUUACUGUAAAUGAUGACGAAUAUCCGAACUUCAUUGAUAUUUUUCAUCGGUGGACUAAUGAUUCUUUUACGACACCAUUUUCUUCAUCUAAUGAAAACGAUUUUAGAACUUUUGGAGAAUAUUAAAAUAUUCACUUAACUGCUGCGUUAAGUGGUGUUUAAUAAAAUAAUAUUUUAUAAAAAAUC